AUGGCUGCCGUUGACAGCUUCUACCUCUUGUAUAGGGAAAUUGCCAGGUCGUGUAAUUGCUACGUGGAAGCUCUAGCCUUGGUGGGAGCCUGGUAUACAGCCAGAAAAAGCAUCACCGUCAUCUGUGACUUUUACAGCCUGAUCAGGCUGCACUUUGUCCCUCGCCUGGUGAGCAGAGCAGAUCUGAUCAAGCAAUAUGGAAGAUGGGCAGUCGUGAGUGGUGCAACAGAUGGGAUCGGAAGAGCCUACGCAGAAGAGUUAGCAAGCCGUGGUCUCAGUAUUAUCCUGAUUAGUCAGAACCAAGAGAAGUUGCAGAUGGUUGCUAAAGACAUCGCUGACACUUACAAAGUGGAGACCGAUAUCAUAGUGGCAGACUUCAGCAACGGCCGUGAGAUCUACGACCCGAUUCGAGAAGCCUUGAAAGACAGAGACAUUGGCAUCUUGGUAAAUAAUGUGGCCGUGUUUUAUCCCUACCCUCAGUAUUUUACUCAGGUCACCGAGGACAAACUCUGGGACAUCAUAAAUGUAAACAUUGCUGCGGCUAGUUUGAUGGUCCACAUAGUGUUACCGGGGAUGGUGGAGAGAAAGAAAGGCGCUGUCGUCACUAUCUCUUCUGGCUCCUGCUGCAAACCAACCCCCCAGCUGGCUGCCUUUUCUGCUUCAAAGGCUUAUUUAGACCACUUCAGCAGAGCAUUACAGUAUGAAUAUGCUUCUAAAGGAAUCUUUGUGCAGAGUCUAAUCCCAUUCUGCAUUGCUACCCACAUGACUGCCCCUGGCAGUUUUCUGCACAAGUGCUCGUGGUUGGUGCCUUCACCAAAAGUAUAUGCACAUCAUGCCGUUUCUACCCUUGGCAUUUCGAAAAGGACCACAGGAUAUUGGUCCCAUUCUAUUCAGAUUGGCUCGCAGAGUGAUUGCUCAUCCCCCUGGACUUUGAUUCUGUGGUGCCAAUGGAGUGUAGGACUCAGUUGUCUGGGCUAG